AUGCUGCUGGAAAAACCCGACGAUGUCAAGCACGAGAACUCGUCGGGCACGGUGUGUGCGAUCUACAGCGUCGACGCGCACCCGACACUGAAGCUAUUUGCAACGGCUGGAGGUGACAAUAGCGUCAAGAUCUGGUCGCUAGAGCCUCAAGACGAGGGCGGCAUUGCGUCGUUUCAGCUCCUGGCUACAUUAGCGAACCAUCAGCAGGCUGUCAACUGCGUGCGCUGGGCGGGUCAUGGCCGUUACUUGGCCUCCGGUGCAGACGAUCAGCUGGUUCUACUCUACGAGUUACAGGAAGGCGCUCCAGCUCCUGUGCCUUUUGGCUCGAACGCGAGGAUCAAUGAGCAGAAUUGGACGCGCUGCGCUACGCUCGAGCGACACACAAUGGACGUGGCGGACGUAGCCUGGUCACCGGACGACCGCAUGCUGGCGACCUGCAGCAUCGAUAACACCAUUUUGAUCUGGGACGUGGGUGUUGUUGGAGGACUCAGUGAUGUCACAACGCAGCCGAUGCAGAUGCUAACGGGGCACAACGGAUGGGUCAAAGGUGUUGCAUGGGAUCCCGUCGGCAAAUAUCUGUCGAGUGCUGGAGAAGACAAGACGGUCCGGAUGUGGAAUGUGGCUGAUUGGCAAGAAGCUGACAUUGUCACAGAGCCGUUCGAGGGAUGCGCUUCAACGUCGCACUUUCGUCGAUUGUCGUGGUCGCCGGAUGGCUCAGUCUUGUGCGCAACACACGCUUUCAGCUCCAAGAAGAACAUUGCCGCUCUCUUAAAUCGUGGAUCCUGGACGAAUGACUUGAAGUUUGUCGGCCACCAGGGUGUCGUGACCAGUGCUCGAUUCAACCCCAAACUACUUGUGACAGCAGCGGAUCCUGACAAGGAGUUUGCUUGUUGUGCUGUGGGUGGUGAGGACGCGACUGUUAGCAUCUGGCUGGCUCAUCUGGCACGCCCGUUGGCCGUCAUCAAAGAUUGCUUUGAGUCGUCUGUGACGGAUCUAACAUGGUCGAGUUCCCAGUCGCUCCUGCUCGCCUGUUCGCUUGAUGGCUCUGUGUGCUGCUUUCAAUUCGGUGGAGACGAGAUCGGCACUCCCAUUUCCGACGCCCAGCAGAGUAAGCUUCUGCAGGCAAAGUACGGAUCUCGAGCCGGUAUUACGCUCGCAUCGACGUUAGCAGAAAACCCGAUCCAGCUUCAGCUUGAAGAGAAGUCAACGAAUUUGUCACGAGCAACCCACGCGACAACUACGCUGAUUCCGAAGAAGAGGGAGAAGAUUGGUGGGGCCCACGUACCCAGUGUGUCGCAUGGCAGGCCACUAGGCGGAGCGAGCAAGAUGGAUAAAAAGCGGAUAGCUCCAAUACUGCUUCAAGCGGACGUUCGGCUCUCAGCCAACAAUCCAGCCUCGUCACAGAACAACAUCCGCAACAUCUUAGGCCCGACAGUCGUCUCACCGACGGCGUCGAACGAGGUCAGCGUUGUCCCUGCUGAAACCAAUGGUGCUACUAUAAAUGCGCUAGAGUCUGCUUCAGACCAUAGCGAGAAGACCACGCUUGCGUCUCAAGAGACACCUGCAGCAGGAACAAGCACUGACGCCAAACCAUUGAGGACAGAGAAGAGACAAGGGAGCGAUGGAAUGUCGUUGAAGAGGAAAAGAGAAAACGAACGAUCGUCUACUCAAGCCACCACCGCGGUACCAAAGUCAAGAGAGGUUGCUGCACGAGCACCAAAAGUGCUGAACGAAAGUGCUGAUUCACACAGUAGGGAUCAUUUACUGCCUGAAUUUCCAGCGCGGCUACUGUUCUCCGUGCAAAUCGACACGAAGACAAAGCCCGGUCUCUUAGCCUGGCGAUCGGAUGGCGCGCUGAAUGGCGACACAGGAAGCAGAUUGGCGUCGUCGAAAGUGGUGAUAGAAGUGACCGUUCACAACAUGAAGAACCCUCAGCCAGAAGAGAUCAUAGAGUUAGGUCCGGUGUUUUCGACGAUCGUAUGUUCCGAGGGAAGUCAGACGAGGUGGAUCGAUCGUGUCCCCGGUCGUGCCGUUUGCGUAGUGGGAAACGAAAGCUACUGCGCAGUCGGUAUACACAAUGGCGACCUGCUGAUUCUCAGUGGCAAUGGCCGACGCUUAUUUCCAUGCAUUGCCUUGGGCAGUCCGAUAUCCGUGAUGGAGUGCAGUGUGAGCGAUUCACCUUAUUUGUUGGUGAUACUGAUUACCGGAGAACUAAAGGUUUGGGAUCUGGCCGAGCGCCGACUCGUUCUGUCAAGCUCAAUCGAGGCAAUCACAAACACCACUCCUGAAGAAGACCGCAAGUUGACCAUUCUCCGAUGCCAAGUCACAACGAAGGGGAUGCCGCUUAUCACUUUUGCCGAGUCAAGCUCCAUAACGAAAGGCAAUUCCAAGUUGCUGUCGUACACGUUCGAUUCGGCUAUGUCAUCGUGGAUGCGCGUGGCGGACGAGAGCUUUGUAUACUCGGAUUUUGCGUCGGCACUCCCGACAGAUGCAGUAGCAGUCAAGAGCAUUCCUAUUGGUCCACUACGGCGGCUCCAAAAUGCGUCUGGGUACGGUCGAACACAGAAAGGGAUCGCUUCGGCCAUGCUCUUCGGAAUGUCCGACGCUUUAUUGCAGCGCAAUGUGACGCGCUCGCACCUCGAGCACCAGGCCGCCGCUGCAAUUGUACUGAAGAGCUCGACCGAGUAUCGCUACUGGGUAGAAGCAUACGCGCGGUUUCUGACGGUUGACGAAGACGUGACUCGACUCGACGAGCUGUGUGCCGAAAUGAUGGGUCCUUUCCAUGCGUCGUCUGCUCCAAGCUCAGAUAGUGGCACAACGUCCACUCUGCGUAUCGGCGGGACUAGCAAGUGGGACCCUAUGGUUCUGGAUCUGGCUAAACGGGACUUGUUGAAGGCAAACAUUCUGCCGACAAUUGCGGCGAAUCGCGCGCUGCAACGCGUUGUGACGAAGUAUCAGACAAUGUUGAGCGAGAUCGAGUCUCGCGAAAAGGACGACGAAGACGAGGAGCAGUAG